AGUUUUAAAAUUAACAUUUUAAGAUUUAAAAUUAAAAAGUUGGUUGUUUUUUAAAAUGGAUUUUGUUGUAAUGGAUUUGUUGAACACCAAAAUUAGCCGAGUGUGUUGCUGAUAAUGCCGAUAGCUGCUGGAGAUGUUAGUGAGGAUGGAUCGCUGCCCCGCGCUCUCUCCCUCCACGCCUAGCAGCCGCGGCAUGGACAAAUAUGAGCAGUUGGCGGUGGUAGGUGAGGGUUCGUACGGCGUGGUGCUGAAGUGCCGGCGCCGGGACACGGGCCAGCUCGUCGCCAUCAAGAAGUUCCUCGAGACAGAGGACGAUGCCGCCGUCAGGAAGAUGGCUCUCAGGGAGAUACGUAUGCUCAAGAAACUCCGUCACGACCACUUAGUGAACAUGAUCGAGGUGUUCCGACGCAAGCGUCGCUUCUACCUGGUGUUCGAGUACCUGGACCACACGCUGCUGGACGAGUUGGAGGCGGCUCCCGGUGGCCUCGGCGAGGAUACCGCCAAGAAACACCUCUACCAGCUCCUCAAGGGCAUUGACUACUGUCAUCAAAACUCUAUAAUCCAUCGCGACGUGAAGCCCGAGAACGUGCUGGUGUCGAACACGGGCGUGGUGAAGCUGUGCGACUUGGGGUUCGCGCGGGCUCUAGCGGCGCCCGGCGAGCCCUACACCGAGUACGUCGCCACCAGGUGGUACCGCGCGCCUGAACUGCUCGUGGCUGAGCAUAGGUAUGGCCCCGAAGUGGACAUUUGGGCGAUUGGUUGUCUGUUCGCGGAGAUGCUGACGGGGGACCCGUUGUUCCCCGGAGACUCCGACAUCGACCAGCUCGCACUCAUUAUCAAGACUGUUGGCAAGUUAGCCCCUCGUCACCAACAAGUGGUGUCCCGGCUAGCUGGUGGCGCAGCGCUAUCGGGCGCGGCGGGCGGCGCGCGCGGCGUGCUGCCCGGCGUGGGCGCGGCGCGGGACCUGCUCGCCGCGUGUCUGCGCACCGAGCCCCGUGCUCGGCCUCCCGCGCAGGCGCUGCUGAGGCACAAAUACUUCAGUACAGACAGUUUUGCAGAGAAUUUCAAUGCUGAAUUAAGAAAGAAAUUAGGCAAAGAAAUUGAGACUCCGCCGUCUCAGCAGAGCGCGGCACGAGUAGCGGGUAAACCAAGGCAACAAUGGACACUCAACAUUAUACCAGACCAGAGCAGAUCUCGGACAGACAGCACGGCGGGCGAGUCGCUCAUUGACUACAACUACACACCCAAUUCCGAAGUACAAAUGGAGACAAGUCUUGUCGAUAAGAAGCCGCAGCCUGUACGCGGUGUUUGCGAUUCCGCACAAGAUAAUACAGAGCACGUAGUCCCGGCACACGUGCCUGCGUUACCGCCCGCGGCGCGGCCCGCACCGCCGCGGUCCCUCGCGCGAGCUAUCAACGAUACAUUCCAAACGUUUCCCGUACCUGUGAACACAUACCCAAGGACGCCUUAUAUUAAGAAGGUACACAACAAGCUUGUGAUGGACGAGGAGUUGCUCCGCGGGCGCGCUGCCGUCAAGAAGAGCAGCAAGAAGGCGCCCGAGCUGUCGCUGCCGUACGUGCCCGGCGGUAAGCAGCACUGCCGGACCGGACUCAACAGAGCAAACAACAGUCCAGUGAAGAAGAUAAAGAAGCCAGUCCACUCAGUCUCGAAGGCAUACGACAACUGGGACGGUGUUCGUAGCGGCAUGGAAAUCAACGGCUCGAGAUCGCCGACCAACCUCCCGUAUAUGUGACUGUACCGUCACCACUGGUGGCCGACCCACCGGUAACACAAGACUGCUGGCCUACACUUGCGUUCAAAUCCAUAGUGUCAUUGUUAUCUUCUUCUUAUUCUAGCUCUUUACUUGACUCGCCAAAUUUGUUUGUCCAUUUCUCAUUUGCAGGUCUAUCAAUGUAAGAAAUCAGUCGUAUUGAAAUUAUCCUAAAUUAUUGAAGUUGAUCUUAGUAUUGGUGAAUUUGAUAAUAUUUAAAUUAUUUAUUGUGAAUUGGUAAAUGCAGCAUUUGUCAUUAUUUAAUUUCUGAUAUUUGCAAAACUUCUGUAAAUUAAUAUAAAUUGUUUAAUGAAUAGCUGUUCAAUAUGAGUAAAAGGAUCGUAUUGUCUCAACUGACAUGCCAAAGGGAUUUUUAGAGAAUAGAAUUUUGUUAUUUUGACGAGUUUAGCCGCCGCGAGGGGCGGAGACUUAGAACGUUGUUUGUAAAUAUGUAUAGUGUUACAUUUUAAUACACGCAAUAUUAAUAAACACUUUAUAAACAUA